CCCAUAGACUGCCUGUGGACUGUUAUAUACCAAACCCUGAGCUUUUUCACAAACUCUCUGUUCAUCCCCUGUUAAUAUGUCUGCAGUCUCUGAUCAUCUCCUGUACUAUGUGUGCAGUCUUUGAUCAUCUCCUGUAGUAUGUCCGCAGUCUCUGGCCAUCUCCUGUACUAUGUCUGCAGUCUCUGGUCAUCUCCUGUACUAUGUCCGCAGUCUCUGUUCAUCUCCUGUACUAUGUCCGCAGUCUCUGGUCAUCUCCUGUACUGUGUCUGCAGUCUCUGGUCAACUCCUGUACUGUGUCCACAGUCUCUGGUCAUCUCCUGUACUGUGUCUGCAGUCUCUGGUCAUCUCCUGUACUAUGUCCGCAGUCUCUGUUCAUCUCCUGUACUAUGUCCGCAGUCUCUGGUCAUCUCCUGUACUGUGUCUGCAGUCUCUGGUCAACUCCUGUACUGUGUCCACAGUCUCUGGUCAUCUCCUGUACUGUGUCUGCAGUCUCUGGUCAUCUCCUGUAGUAUGUCUGCAGUCUCUGGUCAUCUCCUGUACUAUGUCUGCAGUCUCUGGUCACCUCCUGUACUAUGUCUGCAGUCUCUGGUCAUCUCCUGUACUAUGUCCGCAGUCUCUGGUCAUCUCCUGUACUAUGUCUGAAGUCUUGGU